AUGUCUAGUCUUCUCAAGCUCAACUCAAUUAAGCCAUUGUUCGACCGUGUCCUCGUCCAGAGAGCCAAGGCUGCCUCGAAGACCGCAUCAGGUAUCUACAUACCUGAGAAGAAUCAGGACAAGCUGGCAUUCGGUACAGUGGUCGCAAACGGACCAGGCAUCAAAAACGACAAGGGUGAGCUUGUACCAACCAUCGUGAAGAAAGGCGAUAAGGUGUUAUUGCCAAGCUUCGGUGGAUCCCCAGUCAAGAUUGAUGGAGAGGAGUAUUUAUUGUUCAGUGACAAGGAGAUUCUUGCGAAGAUCGACGAGUAG